GGUUCCAUAACACCUAUAUAAUGAGAUAGUAUUCCAGAUGUAAUACUUAACAGAUUAGCUAAAUAGCAUUCCUUACUCUCUCCUUUAUAGAACCCACAUAUCAUAUCUCUAGUCUGCUUAGUUAAUUUUUUCUUUCACAACUAUGGCUAAAGCAACAAUCUCAGUUCUGUUUCUUAUCCUGUUCUUCAUUUCAGUUGGGAUUUCGGCAUUGGUCAAUGGGGAGGAGAAUUACUGGUGUGUUGCUAAACCUUCAUCAGAAGAGAUCCUUCUCAAGAACAACGUAGAUUAUGCUUGCACGCAGCCGAAUGUAAAUUGCGAUCCUGUACUGGGAAUGGGUGGACCUUGUUUCUACCCAAACACAGCAAUCAACCAUGCUUCCGUAGCCAUGAAUCUCUACUAUCAAGCUUACAAAUUUCUUGGUCCCUCGGCUUGCGAUUUCGGCCAAUCGGGUCUCCUUUCAAUCAAGGAUCCAAGUUAUCACGACUGUGUAUACGCAUUGGUCCCAGGAAGAUGAAGAAGCAUGUACGACAAUGUUGGAUGAGAUGACUUCUAUUAGUACAAUAAUAAUAUAUUGAUAUCAUUAGCAGAAAAGAAAAAGACCAUUGGCGAUAUUUAGUAUCAUUAUGGAUUUAGAAUUCAUGACUUCUACAUCGGUAGCAAUAUUAUUCUAUCUUGUCCGUGUGAUUUUAGCAGUAACAGUAUGAUUUGAGCUUAACUCAACAAACUGGCUCACUGCCGUUUCAGUCAAAGCAUUCACUAUUGGGAAUCGUGUGUUCUAUUUGUCAGCUUAAUUCGCCAUUUUUCUGCCAUCAACUGUCUUCAUACCAACCCGUUGAUCAAACGUUUUACACUUGAUCAAUUAAUCUUAGCAUUGGCG